AUGGAUCUUGACACCGUCACAUACACCAUUGCAUGUCGAUCUGUGGCUCCGAAGGACGUGGUAUUCGCAGCUCUAGAGCUCUGUGCACAAGUAGCUCCGGGGUACAUUUGGUACCGAGACUCGUUCACACUUGACAUUUCGUCUCCAAACACAGUUUCUGGUUCCACGACCUUUGGGCCUGCCCUGGACGACGAAUGGCUGGUGGUAUACAUUCUUUACCGUCUUACCUUACAGCUUCCCGUCAGUGUGCAUGUGAGUGAUUCUGAUGGCGACUUUCUGUUGAUUGAGGCGGCCCAUGUGAUUCCAUCCUGGAUAGAGCCUGAGACCGCCGAGGGGCGUCUGUGGAUCAAAAACGGACAGUUUGAGCUCAUUCCGCGGUCACAAUUUAACGGCGACUCUGUCCCGUUGCCAGAGGCUACACGGUAUGUGAAUUCUGGAGGGAAAAUGGAUUUGAACAGAGCCACCAACGACACUAUUUUGAAGCGUGUGGAGCGUGUUCCGGGAACUGUGAAGAAAAAUACACAUCGUGCAUUAGUCUGCAUCCCUUCAAAGCUGGCUAAACUGGUUUAUUCACAUCCUGAACUAAUCAUUGUGGCGAUAGAUGGUUUGUUUCAAGCUCAGAAUCAUGGCGGGUCUGGAAAGACGCCUAUGGUCGAUUUCGUACAUUUUCCACUGGAGGAUAUGGUGACUGUGUCUGUCAAGUUUACGCGAUUGGUAUAUGCUGAAGCCAUGCAGAUCUCGUUUGAUCUGGAUGCUUCUCCUGAGAUUGUGCUGGGCCGCAAAUUGACUAUGGCGUUUGAGCGUCUGUUUUCUGUUGGAGACGAGCGGUGGGCUGUUUCUGAGCUCAAGAAUCUCCCUGUGAAGAAUAUUGUGGAGUUCUCCACUGAUACUGAUUCUGGAGAGUGGUUGGAAGCUAUGAAAGAUGAUCUAGAAAUGGAGGAAGACGAGCAUCAGUUUGACGAAGAUGGCAUGAAGGACACGAUAGAGGAGGUAAUGAAGCGUCUCAACGAGUUCAUGGGCAAGGAGGAGGAUUUGUUCAAAGAUGACGAUGAGAAGGAAGAAGAGAGACAUGAGGUUCGUACCGGCAAGGAUGUGAGGGACGAAGAUGUGAUCAAUGAAGACGAAUUCUUUGAAUUUUUCCUCAAGGACGCGCUGAAACUGAAAGACGAGGAAUUAGCGUCGUACUUGGCCAAGGAUGAGACCAGAGAUGAGCUUGAGGAGGCUGGAAUUGUAGGAGAUCAGUCUGAGGAGCAGAUGCUGCAGAACCUCAUGCAGUCGUUGAAUUCCAUGGGUGGUCUUCACGGACCUGCUGCGACUAUGCUUGGGCAAUUGGGUAUCACUCCUGAUGUGGUUAAAGCCAAUGAGGGUGGUGUUGUAAGAAAAAGUGAGACUCCAAGUGCGACUGCGUCUACUGAUGGCAAUGCUACAGUCGGAACGGUGGCAACAAAGGCGGACAACAUUGAUAAAAUGACAGACGAGCAGAUUCUGAGCGAUCCUUCUGUCCUUGAUUCUUCAGCAGCAGCCAUUGAGCGCACGUUUGCUCCCCCUGUUGACGACGACGAGGACUUCGACUAUGAGAACGACGGUGGUCAUGACGACGGCCAGUUGCAUGAGCUUCAUGAGCGGAUGAAGAGGGCUACGGGAGGUCGACUUACCAGCUGA